AUGAGUGCCGCGGGGCUGCUAGCUCCGGCCCCGGCCCCGGCUGGAGCGCCGCCGGCUCCGGAAUACUACCCCGAGGAGGACGAAGAACUGGAGAGUGCCGAGGACGACGAGCGCAGCUGCCGGGGCCGCGACUCGGACGAAGACACGGAGGAUGCGAGUGAAACUGACCUUGCCAAACACGAUGAAGAGGACUACGUGGAAAUGAAGGAACAGAUGUACCAGGACAAGCUGGCUUCUCUCAAGAGGCAGCUGCAGCAAUUGCAGGAAGGUACAUUGCAGGAGUAUCAGAAGAGAAUGAAAAAACUAGACCAGCAAUACAAAGAGAGGAUCCGAAAUGCAGAACUCUUCCUCCAGCUGGAAACUGAACAAGUGGAGAGGAAUUACAUUAAAGAAAAAAAGGCAGCGGUGAAGGAAUUUGAAGACAAGAAGGUUGAGCUGAAAGAGAACCUCAUUGCUGAGCUAGAGGAGAAGAAAAAGAUGAUUGAAAAUGAAAAGCUCACGAUGGAGCUGACUGGAGAUUCGAUGGAAGUGAAGCCCAUCAUGACCAGAAAGCUGCGGAGGCGACCCAAUGAUCCUGUCCCCAUCCCAGACAAGAGGAGGAAGCCCGCUCCUGCCCAGCUCAACUAUUUGUUAACAGAUGAGCAGAUCAUGGAGGAUCUGAGAACAUUAAACAAGCUUAAGUCGCCCAAGAGACCAGCCUCCCCAUCCUCUCCUGAACACUUGCCUGCCACGCCCGCAGAGUCUCCAGCCCAGAGGUUUGAAGCUCGGAUAGAAGAUGGCAAACUGUACUACGAUAAAAGAUGGUAUCACAAGAGCCAAGCAAUCUACCUGGAGUCCAAGGACAACCAGAAACUCAGCUGUGUGAUCAGUUCCGUGGGAGCCAAUGAGAUCUGGGUGAGGAAGACCAGUGACAGCACCAAGAUGAGGAUCUACCUGGGCCAGCUCCACCGUGGACUCUUUGUGAUCCGCCGGCGCUCUGCAGCUUGACUUCCACUGCCCCUCCCUUGGCCCCUUUUCUGGA